AUGUACCUAUACAUGUUUCAGACGGAAUACGCAUUAUGGUGGAGCAAGGAGCAAAUACUGAGAAGCUUCCAAAAUUGUCCGGAUGACACCGCGUGGAACGUCUUUGUCUGCGUCCAGGUGCUAGCGUCCAUCGUGCUGCUUGCUACGGACGUGGCGAUGGUUUACUACGACUUCUUCGACGUCUUCUACAAUGUGGUGUACGCGGUUCACGUCCUAGGUGUCGCCUAUAACCUCUACGUGAAUAGAGAAACCACCGUCUUCACCUUCUCCACGGCGCUUGGCUUCCUUGUGGAUGUGUUGACUUAUUUCCAUUAUUUUCUUGAGAAUUUUUAUCCGAGAGAGGCUAAGCUGCUGGCAUACUAUCUCAGAUUACACAGGCCCUUCAGGUACCUUUGGGCUUUGAAUGACUAUAAUCUUAAGAGCAGCGUUCUCGGUACCGCUCUUAAGUACUGCUAUAUUUUCUUCGUUCUUCGUAUCACUUGGGCUCUCGUUUGGAUGCAAUUCCAAGAGGAGGAGAGCCACUACGACGAUCAUUACUGGCGACUGGCACACGAAGCCCCGUUCAGUUUCUCGCCUCAAGAGCUUUUGGAGCAGAACGCGAGCGAGUUCCUCAGGACAUUGUACCUUGUCAACAAGAUGUUCAUACCGAUCGGACCCUCGACGCCACCGAAAACCGACACGGAGCGGGUCCUGUGCCUGAUGGUGAUGAUAACGGGCGGGCUGACGGUGUCAGGCUGCGCGGUCGCCUCGCUGUCCCUGGUCAUCGGCAUCUACAUGAGGCCCGAGGAGAGGUUCCGCGCGCGGUUCCGCCUCAUCAUGAGGGACAUGGAAGAUUCAGCCGUAUCCGCCAGCCUCAGCGAGAAGGUGCAGACGUUCUACAAGAUGUACUGGCACAAACAGAAGGCCGUCUCAACGACCCAACUGCUGCCUACAUUCCCGCCCUGGAUACCUUCCAUCGUGUACACUGACAUCUACUUUAAAGCCACCCAAAAGGCGAGAGGAUCAAACAGUUCUACAUUUGCAGAAAUGUCUGACAGCCGCAUCCUCAGUGACCUCUCUUACCAGUUCCUAUGUGAGAUUGUCAAGAAUAUGCAGACGCUGCAUUACAUACCGGGCGACACUAUUAUCAAACGGUCGACCCAAAAAUCAUCAAUCAUUUACAUUAGCUACGGAGACAUCGAGAUGUUGACAGCUGAAGACGACUCUACGGCGAUGCUGCGCAUGAGCCGUGGGACGGUGCUUGGCCCGUGUGCCGGCUGCCCGCCGGCGGGGUGCGGCCGUGCCCACGUGGACAUCCGCGCCGCCACCUUCUGCACCGCCCACGUGCUCAGGGCCGGCGACCUCUGGAGGACCGCCCACCGCUUCGGCAGGAGCAACGGGCAAGCGGCUGUCAUCCUUGCAUCCUUCUAUGUACUCUAUGAUUUAUCUCGUCAGGCCAAGUACAAGAGCAGUAUUUGGACCUUCAAGCGAAAUCUUAUGGAACUAAAGAAGGCGCGAGAUAGUAACGGGAACUUACUCUUGGCGCGUACUGAUAUUAUGCUGGAGAUUGCUGGCUGCUAUAUCAUGAGAAAUCGCGCAGACUCCUCGCUGACGGACGAGUCGGACGCCAUCUGCCUCCGGUCCACGUUCCCCUGCAUCCUGCAGCCGCGCUCCGUACUCCAGACCAUGUGGAACUCCUUCGUGUGCUGUCUCAUUGUUGUCGUAUGCUUCACUCACCCUUAUUAUAUUGCCUACAAGGAACGGGUGCCGAUAGAAUUCCGAUUCUACGAUUACGUGGUGACAUGUAUCUACUUGCUGGAUAUCUUCGUGUACCUCUCCACUGGUGCGAAUGUUGAAGACGGUGUGCCGAUCACCCUUCUGCAGACCGCGUCACAGCAGAUCCGCAGCCACUGGUUCGUGCUGGACGUGGUGGCCACCAUGCCACUGUUCGAAUUCAUCCACGACGGGCAUUUCGCGGGCAUCAACAAGCUUCUCAGACUGCCUAAGGUCUUCCGUAUGCUGAAAUCCCUGGAGGACGACUGGGUGUACUACAGCAACUUCUUGAGAUUCUUAUCGUACUCCCUUCUGCUUGUCAUAGCUUGCUACCUCGUAGCGGCAUUGCAGCAAACCUUCAUGUGCUUCUGUUUCAGCCACUGCUCCGUGACUAACUUCACGCAUCCGCCAUUUUGGGCGCACGUGCCGCCGGACGACGCGGCCAUUGGCAACAGCCUGACUUUCGGACUCUAUUGGGCCGCAUCUAUCAUCACGUUUACAACUCACAAGGAGACCUGUGGCAUGUCCAAUUGGAACACUGUGCUUUACACGAUGCUCGUGUUGGAGCUGUGCAUAGUUCUGCACAUAUUCAUUGAGGCUGUGUACUCUGCCACCAUUAUGGUCACUACGGCAAUGAGAGAAGACUACGACGCCUGCAUUGCAGAUGUGACGAACUUUCUGAUAAGGAAUGAUGUGGAACCAGUACUGAGGCAGCGUUUUAUAACUUACCUUCAGCUAUGCUGGUACACGGAUAAGGGAUACUCGAUAACGAACAAGAACAGUUCCAUCUACCACGAUCUGCCGCCGCACGUAUAUCAGGAUAUCGUCAAUAAACAACGCAGCAAGUACAUUCUUUGUAUACCUUUUAUGAAGUACCUCAGCAAGGAAGACCUGAAGACCGUAUCGACGAAGGCGGUUGUAUUCUGCACAUCUCCGAACGAGAUAAUACUGCAUACUGGUGACGUCAGCAACGAAAUGUCUGCCAACUUUCUAUACGGUGCGUGCCGUGACCCACGUGCAAAUGUUCUCCAUAUCAAGGAAGUAUUUACUGAAUGCCAUGAAAUACCGCAGAUUAGAGAUGCCAUCGAUUUUGCCAAAGAGCAGCCUGAGUUCGGCCGCCUUCUAGUGCGUAGACAACCAUUCAUGUCGUACAAGCCACCGGCACCUGUUCCCAACGUCGAGCGUUUCCGCCUUCCUCGUAAGCACGAACAGGAUCACGCCUUCCUGCAACCCUUCAAGAAGCUCGGUUUUAUGUCCGUCCUUAGGUACAUGUUUCCGCGAUUCACGAUCCGUCCCGACGGCGAGUACCUGCUGCGCGCCGAAUGGUGUCGCGGCUGCUGCGCUCUGCUCUCUGCACUGAUCAUUCCCGGCUACCCUUACCUCUCGACACAUUCCACGUCACUAGACUUUAUGGUCUUCAUGCUUGACUGCACCGCAUAUUUUGACAUCUUGCAACGUAUGCUCGUGGGCUACUACAACGUGAGGGGCACUCUUGUAUACCACCCCCUCAGCACUGCCGAUCGCUAUAUCCGAGGAGCAUUCCUAGUCGACCUCUUCGCCUGCUUACCGCUGGAGAUGCUGGAGACUGUUGUCAAAGAGCUAUAUCCGGACAGGUAUCGAAUAACGGUGGCCGUUCAGUACCUGGUGUUGAAUAGACUUCUGCAGCUGUACCGGCUCCCUGGCGCCAUACAGGGUCUCGAGCGUUACAUGAGACGGGACAUUGUACUCGUCAUCAAAGCCACUCCCCUGUUUCUCGGUUUACUGAACGUGAUGACCUGCUUCCUGGUAUUCUACUCUGUGGAUAUCUACAUAUCGAUGAAUAACUACACUACACUCAUCAUACCGCGACAGGACCACGGCGGUUCCUGGGUCAACUUGUUUCAACAGAAUUUCCGCUUCAAUUUGACCGAGAACACAUGGAACUUACACCUCGCCUGUUACUUUUGGGUGGUAUACGAGGCCACCACCACGGGAUACAGCUCUAUGAACCCCAGCAACCUCGACAUCAUGAAGAUGCUCUUCACUGGGAUGGUAGUUGGUGCAAUGAUCACGACCUACUUCUCCGUUCGCAUAAUCAGCAUACGAUCGAACGUAAACAACCCACUAGCCGCCUUCCAGCAGCACAUGAAGGACAUGGCCGCAUUCAUGCGCAGGGAGAAACUGGGCGCGGAGCUGAAAAGGGACGUGCUCGCCUAUUACGCAUGCAACUGGGAAAAGACCGGUGGCCAGGACUACAGGCACGUGUUGAAGCUGUGCGACCAGAUCACGCUACGCUCAGACGCCAUACUGCACAUAUAUGGUCCAACGUUUGCUAUGUGUCCAAUCCUCGGCCAGUGCGACGUAUCGCUCCUGCGCAUCAUAGGCCGUGCCAUGCGCAGCGUCCACUUCUUGAAAGGCACUCGUAUCGUCGAGAAAGACGAUGUUAUAAAGGACCUGUGCUUCCUGGACUCCGGCACCGUGGAGCUGGUCUCUGACGAAAGGGAUCCCUCGAAGAAUGUUAAAUUGACUAAGGGCAGUAUAUUUGGUGACUUGGAUGGAGAACCAUCAUAUCGAUCGCCCGUGCAUCUUAUAUCGACCAGCAAAGUCCACGUGCUUCAGAUGAACGCUAUGGCUUUUUAUACCAUCAUAAGGGACUUUCCUGACGUCGUUCUACUAUUGAAAACUUACCGACCAAACAAUGAGAAUUACAUACUGGGAAACUUGAGCGAGGAUUCACCAAAGGUUAAGAACUCCACUCUCACCAUUAGUGCUCCGUUGCGGAGACCAAAGGGUCUCUUCAAAUACCUCCGCCUCCGCAACUCCUACGUCCAAUGGUAUCUGAUCGUCGUUUCGCUGCUCUGCAUCUACGGCGACCUCUACAACGCUGGCUUCCAAGACAACAGGACACUGUUGGUCCUAGCCCUGUACUCUCUAGACGUCGCGUUCAGCCUUAAGUUCUUGAUCCUCUUCGUAACGCUGUCCGUUUCUGGAGACGGUAACAUAAGAAGAAUUUCGCUGAGCAAAAAAAGGUGUUGCAAAACCGAGACCAAAUGCGAUAUCCUGUCGUGCAUUCCGUUGGAGUUAUUCUGUUUUGUAACUGAUGAAUACCGGGGACUGCUGUUUUCGUUUUGCCGUUUGAAUAGACUUCUUAGAUUGGUUACUGUGUACGCUGGUAUCAGGCGUCACCACGAGCGUCUCUCCAUAGACAUCUCGCUGACCACAAUAUACUCGGUGUUGGUGUGGUUCACGCUUCUGGUGCACGGCACUGCUUGCUUGUGGCACUUCAUCGGCUACGUGGAGGACAUCGCGAAGCCCAACUCCUCGUGGAUGUACAAAGACGACGGCAGUUCGUGGUGCAGAAAUCUUUACGUCUGCUCGCUGUACUUCGUGAUAACUACUUGCAGUCAAAAUGGCGUAGGCGACAUAAUGCCGAAGAAUAAAUCCGAGGUAUUGUUCGCGUCCAUUCUCCAGAUCAUCUCCAUCAUGCUGUUCAUGAUUUACGUGGGCGAGGUCUCCAACAUCAUCCAAUACCAGUCGUACCGCUCGUUCGACUUCUACUGCAAGUACCUGGAGCUGCAGGAUUUUCUGAGGAACAAUCGAGUUUCCAAGAACUUGGUCAAGCUGGUGAACAGGUACUCGUUGCACCUGUGGCGCGAGUCCCGUGGGGUGCAGGUGCCGCAUUUCCUGAAGACUGCGCCCCACUGUCUCAGGCUAAGGCUAAUGUCUGCUUCGUUCAUGCAACACUUGAGAAAUUUACAGGGUCUGGUUCGUGAGCUUCCUUACACGAAUUCGUAUCGCACUAUAACUAAAUGUCAAAUUCUCACCCUGCGACUGAACGAUUGGGAAGAUCUAUUAAAACAUUUUCCCCGGAGCAAGCGCACUAUUUAUGAAAAUUUGGACUUCGAUGAUAGUGCUCCGAAAGCCUCGAAACACAAAAAAGAACGCAGAGUCACAAUCAUCAACCCUGAUGAUGAACCGCCUCCGGACCGUCCUAGAAGCAAGGCCAGAGAGUCA